AUGGUAUGCGAACGAGUUAAAAAGCUGGAAACAAUUCUAAAAACGAACGAUAAUAAUCAGCCAUUAAAUAAUUCUUCGGGUGAACAUGUUGUCAAUACAAAAAUUCAACUACCAACAAAAGAUUUGAACACACCUCUUCGUACAGAAAAGAAGAUAAUUCCAUCGGCGAAACCGCAUAAUACAUCCGGUAAUGAUGUCUCAAAAGCAGCAGGUGCUUCACAGAAAUCUGCACUACUAAAAACGCCCAUUGCGGAACGUAAUCUGAUUAAUCAAAUUCUCGAUGAAAUAGUGCAAGAUAAACCAAACGUCAAAUUUGCUGAUAUCUCUGGUCAAGAAUGUGCUAAACGUGCAUUAGAGGAGGUCGUUAUUCUUCCCGUAUUGAGACCUGAUGCAAAGGCCGUGGCCAGUGAAGCAAAAGCAAAAUUUUUCAAUAUUAGCGCAUCAAGUUUAACAUCAAAAUAUAUUGGAGAAGGUGAAAGACUAGUUCGUACGCUCUUUACGGCUGCUCGUGAACUUCAACCAUCGAUCAUAUUUGUUGAUGAAAUUGAUUCAUUAUUAAGUGAAAGAAAAGAAUCUGAACAUGAUGCAAUGAGAAGAUUAAAAACAGAAUUUUUAGUACAAUUCGAUGGAGUUCAAACAAAUAGUGAUGAUCGUAUACUCGUAUUAGCAGCAACAAAUCGUCCAUUUGAACUAGAUAAUGCCGCACUAAGACGUCUUCCUAGAAGAAUUUAUGUUCAAUUGCCAGAUAAAACAACACGAACAGAGUUAUUAAAGAAUUUAUUAGGAACAGAACACAAUUUAACAUCAGAUGAUAUAGAUUACAUUGCAAGUCAAACAGAUAAUUAUUCUGGCAGUGAUUUAACGGCAUUAGCAAAAGAUGCAGCGAUGGGUCCCGUGCGAGAAUUAUGUAUAGAAGACUUAAAAAAAUUGAGUUUACAACGAAUUCGACCAAUAUCUAUACAAGAUUUUCUUGAAUCAUUAAAAAAAAUUCGUCAAAGUGUUUCACCAGACACAUUAGAUAAAUAUGUUCAAUGGAAUAAAAACUAUGGAGAUUGUGGAAAUUAA